UCGUAUUUGAGCCCUCCUUAUUUAUCGGAGACAUUGUGGCGAUCUCUGGCAUCGUAAAGCAGCAGCCGUUUGACGAUAUGAAGAAAGCCCGCAGUGCACCAUCCACCAUUUUCUUGCUUGCAAUUUGCAUACGUAGUCUAAAAAAUGAUCCACCAGCCGAUGGUCCGAUGUUGAAAAUAAGUCCCUUUGACAUGGAAGUCGUACGAGCGAUUCGCGAAGGGCCCUUUUCGUUCAAACUGCUCGUGCAAUCUUUGUGUCCAGCGCUUCCUGGUUUCGAAACAAUCAAGGCAGGGUUACUACUGGCGCUCUUCAGCAGUGGCGAGGAUGUGCACGUUCUGCUUGUGGGAAGAGAAAAAUCCUUGAACCAAAAGUUAUUGAAAAGCUGUGCCGCUGUAUCGCCACGAGGAAUAUUAGUAGAAGAUUCGUUCAAAACGAUGGGAUUGCAGGAAACAGAUGACGCUGGAGUUCGCUCCUUAAUCGCCGGUCCCUUGGUAUUGGCUGAUUUGGAUGUUUGUUGUAUUGAUGAAAUUGAAAAGCUUCUUCAUUUAGAGAGUCUCUUGAGGAUAAUGCAUGAUCGGGAAGUCCAAGUUCAUCACGAUACCUUAAGCGCUAGUUGCUUCCCAAAAGUUCCGGCCCGUAGUACAGUGAUUGCCGGAACUUGUCCGAAGGGAGGAAUAUUUGACAGUUCGAAACAUUUUUUCGCAAACAUUAGUCUACCCCGAACAAUCGUUGCAGAGUUUCCACUGGUGUUUAGUAUGACCGACACAGUGGACGUGGAUGAGCAACUGGUAUGCCCCAAUGGUGUGCGUUUGCAUCCCGAACUGAAGUCAGCUAAUAAGUGCAGUGUAGAGGUUCCGCUGGUUAAGCAGUUGAAGUGCCAACGGGAAGAAUCGAUGGAUGUUCUUCCGGUCGAACUGAUGAGCAAAUAUAUCGGUAAGUCGAGGUAAGGUACGUGAAUCGGCAGUUUUAUGGCAUUUUUCCGUUUUCCAGAAUACGCUCGGUUUCAUUGUGCCCCAGCCUUCACCGAAAGCUCGUCAGCUCUUUUGGAAAAUUUCUUCAUACAGAUGCACUCAAUGCCACCGUGGCUAAACUGGAGAGGCGAAACUAUUGUUAACAGCAUCCGCAACAUGGCGUGUGCCCGAGCACGAAUCGACCUUUGUGACGAAAUCACAUACGACCAUGUUAUGGAAACGAUUCGAAUUUUUAGUCGCAGCUGGUACGACAAAUACGAUGUCGACGAUAGGGAACCACUGCUAACUCUACCGGCGAAAAAAAGCGGUGUAAAAUCCUCCAGCGUCAAACAUUUUCUUCAAUUACUACGGCAGAAGUCGGCUCUUUCAGGGAUGAAGACAUAUACAACGAAGGCGCUGCAUAGUUUAAUGAGCGAGGCUGGAGUGGUUGGCUGCGAAGAAGUGAUUGAAACUCUCAAUAUGCACGGAUUCCUUUUGAAACGAGCUGCUGGUUGUUACGAGCUAAUAGCGUAAUUUUGUGACACGUAACUCAAAUUCACACUGCAUAACCCACUUUCUAAACAAAACCAUAGAAAUUAGGAAACUAAAA